ACUAAAAAAAGAAAAGACUAUAUAAUACUUCAUUCCUAAACGUGCUACAUCCUACACCACAGUCUGUCAUCAUCGUCGUCUUCUUCUCUUUCAUCGUUUUUUGCAUCUUUCUCCCGCUUACCCUACAAUCUUCUCCUACUUCAUCUUGGCAAACUCGUCAGGAACAUGGCUUCCCCGAACGAAACCGACGAGUUUCCCAUUCUUCUUCCAGUUCCAGAAGCUCACAACAGGGCUUUCAACUCGAGGAACCGUAGCGUUUCCUUCUCUAAUUCAACUUCUUACUCCACUACUAACAGAGUGGUCGACUCAAGUACUGUUCCUUUAAGCUACACAGGCCCUCUUCGAAUGCAGAGAAGACCACCUCCUCCCUCUGUGCAAAUGAGUGGUCCUCUUUACUCUCCUCGCAAUCGUGAUCAGUCUUUCUUUCAUCCCUCUCCUGUUCAACCUCCUCCUGACUCUUCCUCCUCUUCCUCUUCCUCCUCUUCCUCUUCCUCCUUCUCUACCGUUGAUGUUCCACCUGAAGAAGAUGAUCAAUUCGUCAUGAGAAACGCAAAUCUAUUGAAGUCUGGACAGCUAGGGAUGUGUAAUGAUCCUUACUGUACUACUUGUCCUUCUUACUACAACCGCCAAGCUGCUCAGUUUCACACUAACAGAGUAGCUUCUGACUCUAGGUUCCACGCUGCUCUGUAUGAUGAUGCUAGAGGUUGGGCUAAGCGACUUGCUGCAUCUUUCCGUAGAUUGGUACCUGGAAUCAUGAAUCCUCAUUCCAAAUUCGUCCAAAUAUGGUCUCUUAUCUUAGCUGGUUCAUGCCUUUUGGCUAUCUUUCUAGACCCCGCCUUCGUAUUCCUCUUGUUAAUCCGAGAUGACAACAAAUGCAUCGAGAUCGAUCAGCUUAAGAGAAUCGUAUUUGUAUUUCUGAGAAGUAUUUCGGAUUUUAUAUUCUUCAUCAACAUGCUGCUUCAGUUUCGGAUGGCCUAUGUAGCUCCUGAGUCUAGAAUAGUUGGUGCUGGACAGUUAGUUGAUCAUCCAAGAAAAAUUGCCAGCAAUUACUUGCGAGGAAAGUUUUUUCUUGACUUGUUGAUAGUCGUACCUAUGCCACAGAUAUUGAUAUUUUCGAUACUACCUGCACACUUAGCCACACCCUGGUCAGAAUUUAAGAAGAACAUGCUACGUGUCGUAUUUCUAUUUCAGUACAUUCCAAAACUGUAUAGGCUUCUUCCACUUCUCUCUGGUCAAACACCGACGGGGUUCAUCUUUGAGUCGGCUUGGGCUAACUUUAUUAUUAAUCUUCUCACCUUCAUUCUUGCUGGUCAUGUUGUUGGUUCUUGCUGGUAUUUUGCAGGGCUUCAGAGAGUUAAGACAUGCUUGUUAAAUGCUGGGGAUUAUAAGAUGGAUGUACGUAGAAAUCUUAUAGACUGUGCUCGUGGGGAUAUCAAUGCAUCACAACGACCUCUUUGGAGAGCAGGCGAGAGUGUUAAUGGUUGUUUUCAAGAGGAUGGUUUUUCAUAUGGAAUCUAUUUGAAGGCUGUAAAUCUUACUACUAAACAUGAUAUCUUCGAAAGAUUCAGUUACUCUCUGUUUUGGGGCUUCCAGCAAAUAAGCACACUUUGUGGAAACCUAACCCCAUCUUACUCAGUGGGGGAGGUUUACUUUACAAUGUGGAUCAUUGGACUAGGGCUUUUGCUUUUUGCUCGGCUUAUCGGUAAUAUGCAUAACUUCCUUCAAGCUCUUGAUAGAAGGAGGAUGGAAAUGAUGUUGAGACGGCGUGAUGUGGAGCAGUGGAUGAGCCAUAGACUGUUGCCAGAGGAUAUAAGAAAGAGGGUGCGAGAGGCUGAGCGGUUCAACUGGGCUGCUACUAGAGGAGUUAACGAGGAGCUGCUUUUUGAGAAUAUGCCUGAUGAUCUUCAAAGAGAUAUAAAACGCCAUCUCUUCAAGUUUCUCAAAAAGGUGAGGAUAUUUUCGUUGAUGGAUGAAUCAAUCUUAGAUGCUAUACGUGAGAGGCUGAAACAAAGGACUUACAUAAGGAAUAGCACGGUGCUGCACCGCAAAGGUCUAGUUGAGAAAAUGGUAUUCAUAGUGAGAGGUGAGAUGGAGAGCAUUGGAGAAGAUGGUUCUGUUUUGCCAUUAUCUGAAGGAGACGUUUGUGGUGAAGAACUUCUCACUUGGUGUCUCGAACGCUCUUCUGUUAGCCCUGAUGGGACGAGAAUAAAGAUGCCGACAAAGGGAUUGGUUAGCAACAGAAAUGUUAGGUGCGUGACAAACGUGGAGGCGUUUUCGCUGAGCGUAGCAGAUCUUGAAGAUGUAACGAGCUUGUUCACAAGAUUCCUAAGAAGCCACCGAGUGCAAGGAGCCAUAAGGUAUGAGUCUCCUUAUUGGAGGCUACGAGCAGCUAUGCAGAUUCAAGUGGCUUGGAGAUACCGAAAGAAACGACUUGAGAGAUUAUUGUUACAGGAUAACAGAGAUGAGUGAUGUGCCUAGAGGUUAUCAGUUAAGUUGGUCAGGUGUUGUCGGAUGCAAGUGAGGAAACAACUUGAUACAUGUGGAAGCAUCUAACUUGUGUAAAUUGUCGGUAAUUUAUAGUCGUUUUAAAAAUAAAAAAUAUAACAUGAAAUUUAAAAAUUUAUUAUAUGAUUAAUGUGAUUUAAAACAUUUUAAUAGUAGAAAAUUAA